GCCCGUGUACACAGCGGCAACGCGGCAGCGAGGAGGAGGACAGGCCCUUUCUCCCGGCCUGUGCGCGGGGUCCUCGCUCCCUUCUCACCUCGGGGCCUCUGCGCUUCUCCACCCGCUGCAAAAAUGGCAGAGGAAAAAUAUGACAAACCUGCAAUAGAAGAAAAUAUCUUUGAAGCGUUGGAAAAAGACUUCCAAGAAGUCAUCAAUGAGCUUACAGGAGAUCAAAGCCUUGAGAAAUUUCGCGUGGAAUAUGAGAAGCUCCACACGGUGCUAAGAAAGUCCUAUGAGAAUGAAAAGCGUCUCAUGGCAAAAUGCAGGGAGCUGAAUGCAGAGAUUGUGGUGAAUUCGGCUAAAGUGGCUACUGCCCUGAAACUCUCACAGGAUGACCAGACAACAAUAGCAUCUCUGAAAAGGGAGAUCGAAAAGGCCUGGAAAAUGGUGGAUGCAGCUUAUGAGAAGGAACAGAAAGCAAAGGAAACCAUCCUGUCUCUUAAAGAGGAAAUUGUGAACUUAUCUAAAUUAGUGGAGCAAGGAUCUGGAUUGUCAUUGGGUCAGGAGCAUAACCUGCGGGAAUUGCUAAAAUUCAAGGAAGACGUAACAAAGGAGCGAGACCAGCUUUUGGCAGAGGUUGUAAAGUUACGUGAAAAUGUAACAAAUAUGUCAGAUCAACAGCAUGAAGCAGAAAUGACAAAAACUGUGGCGGAACAAACCAUUGCUGAGCUUAAUCAGGAAAUCCAGUUGCGUCAGAAUGAGGCUUCACGGGAGGCCCGAAGGAAAGAAAAAAUGGAGAGGGAACUAAAACAGCAGCAGUUGGAAUUAGACAGUAAAUUGGCUGAAAUGAAGGCAAUGCAGCAGAGUAUGAAUAAAAACAAGGAGGAACUCCUGAGAAUUGAACAGCAGCUCAAGGAGCAAAAGAUUCUGAAUGAAAGAGCCACAAAAGAACUUGAACAGUGUACGGCAAGAAAUCUCAAGCUCCAGCAAGAAAAUGAACAGCAUACUUUGGCCAUCGAUCAACUCAUGCAGGAGAACCAGCAGAAAACCACGGAGCUGAGAGCGAGAGAAGAUGAGGUGUCUCAGAUGCGUCAAGAGAUUUCAAAACUUUCUAAAGUGAGAGAGGUUAUGCAGAGAAAAUUACGUGCUGUGGAAGAGCAAAAGACUCAUGCUGAAUUCGAAAGGGAUACCCUUAAAAAUCAGAUAAAUGGGCUGGAGAGAGAGUUGGAAGGUGCAAAAAAACAAGCUGAAGUUGAUAAAAAAGCUAUAGAUGAGCUUGUGAGAGAAAGGGACAUAUUGAACAAGAACUUGCUCAAGGCUGCUACCGUUACUCAAAAGCAGAUGAAUCUUGUUAAGCUCCAUGAACAGUCAAAGAAGAACCUGGAAGAAGAAAUUCAGAAUUAUAAGGAUGAGGCUCAGAAACAGAGAAAGAUAAUCUUCCAGCUCGAAAAAGAGAGAGACCGCUAUAUCAAUGAAGCCAGUGAUCUCACACAGAAGGUCCUCCAUCACAUGGAAGAUAUCAAAGUGCGGGAAAUGCAGAUCUUUGACUAUAAAAAGCAGAUAGCAGAGUCUGAAACAAAAUUAAAACAGCAACAGAACCUCUAUGAAGCUGUGAGAUCAGACAGAAACCUCUACAGUAAAAAUUUGAUCGAAGCCCAGGAUGAAAUCAAUGAAAUGAGAAAGAAGCUGAAGAUUAUGACACACCAGGUAGACCAGCUGAAAGAAGAGAUCUCUGCUAAAGAGGCAGCUCUUGUGAAAAUGCACCUGGACCACCAGCGGAUAGAAAAAGAGAAAGAGGCCUUAAAGAGUGAACUGCUUAAAAUGAGACAACAAGCUCUGGAGACUAAACACUUUAUUGAAAAACAAGAGGAAGAAGAAAGAAAACUCUUGAAAAUUAUUUCUGAAGCUGAUGCAGAGAGGAUCAGGCAAAAAAAAGAAUUAGACCAGGUUAUCAGUGAAAGAGACAUUCUGGGGAGCCAGCUGGUUCGUCGCAACGAUGAAUUGGCUCUUCUAUAUGAGAAGAUCAAAAUCCAGCAAUCAAUUCUGAACAAGGGAGAAAUGCAGUACCGGCAAAGAAUGGAAGACAUCCGACUACUCAAGCUGGAGAUCAAGAAACUUCGUCGGGAGAAGGCAAUACUUGCCAAGAGUGUAGCUAAUGUGGAAGAACUCAGGCAAGAAGUUUAUCAUAUGCAGAAGGAGUUACUAAAGGAACGGACCCGCUGUAGAGCCUUGGAGGAAGAGCUUGAGAACCCUAUGAAUGUUCACAGAUGGAGAAAAUUAGAGGCCAGCGACCCAAAUACCUAUGAGUUGAUACAAAAGAUACAUGCAUUGCAGAAACGACUUAUUAGCAAGACGGAAGAAGUGGUUGAAAAAGAGUUGCUCCUCCAGGAGAAGGAGAAACUGUAUGUAGAGCUGAAGCACCUCUUGGCCCGUCAGCCUGGACCAGAAGCAGCAGAACAGUUGCAGUUGUAUCGGCACACUCUGCGGGAGAAGACCAAGCAACUUAAAGUUUUGUCUUCUGAAUUGAACAUGUAUGAAUCACAGAGUCAGGAAUACAAAUAUGAAAUUGAAAGACUUGCCAAUGAGCUUCUAAAUGUAAAGAAGAAAUACCUCACUCAAAAACGCAAGGAACAUGAAAACAAGGAAAAGGAGAGAGCCUUGAGUAACAUAGAGCAUGACUACCAAGGAACAAGAAGCAGAGCUUCACGCUUCACUGGAGGUGGUUUCACGCUUAGCAACCCACCUCCCAAAAUUGUGGCCUAACACUAUUGCAUCAUUAAACCUCAUCCACUACAACGGAAAAGAGACAUUGGCAUGUCCAGCUGAACUAAAAUGUUUUUGAAUACAGAUUAGAUAACAUUACGGUUUUUAAAAUAAUUAGUAGCAAAAUAUUUCUUCAAGGUUACUUUGUUCUUCUUUAAAGGUAGCAUUCUGGGAUAAGCAAUGCUAUUUUUUAUGCCCAGUUAGUUGUUGAAUGCUGCCCAUAAUGACUCCCCAUCCUAUAGAUUUAUUUGGAGCAGAUAUUUUGGUUUUUACAGUUUUUGUUGUACUUCUAAGUACUCAAGACUAGAAGUAAGUUCAGUUGAAAUAUGAACAAUAUGAAGUGAUACAUGCUUCCAAGUAAAUAUAUUGCAUGUAGAAUUGUAAUCAACUGUAAAAGAUCUAUACUUAUAUUGGCUUCAACCUCUUCUUCAGCAUGAAAAAACAUGAAAAAUAACUAGAAUGCUAAUCAUUUAGCUGAAGAAAAUAUAAAGCUUAGAAUUCGUCACUUUAUUGGAACAACAUUAAUCUGUGAAAGUUUAAAGUCAUACGUGUUAAACAUUCUCAAAACUCAUUAGGAACAUUGGGAAGGUGUGUGAUAAUAUUAAGCCCAUACUGGUGAAUGUAUUUUUUUUAAUGCUAGAUAGCUAGUAUGGUGGCAACAUCUUUGACUGUACAUAUCAGUCUGUACAUUUAGAGUAUGCCUAUCUUUCAUUAAUCUAUUUCUCAUGUAUCGAAUCUAGAGUCUAAAUAUAACAGGUAUUUUCGUACCUGUUAAAAGGAAGACACUGAUUUAGUUCUGCAACAUUUAAAGAUUGUUUACAUUUUACAUCAUGUAUACCUCCCCACACCAAAACCUUUUCAACCAAAGAGAUUUAAUUAUCAUUCAUUAGCAAGCCGUUUAAUAAUGUCAAUGUGUGAGGUGCUGAAGAAUGGGGAUAAGAGUUUAAAAUACAAUGACUUUGAUGUAUUCUUGCCUCAGGGACGAAAAACUCCCAGGAGAGAUCCUGAUAAAUAUUUCAUUAAAAAAAAAAAACUUUUGCAAAGAUAUCGAUCUUUUGUUUGGUGGAAUACAGAAUUCUAUAUUAAAGCCCCUUUGGAAAACUAUUAAUGUUAAGUGUUUAUUUCACAGAAAUCAAGUAAUCUGUGAUGGGGAAUCAUUUUGAUUUUAUAUAAGGGACAAAGAUACUUCGUUAUUAGAGGAAUUGUCAUUGUCUUUAAUUUCUGACGCAAAUAUUAUUCUUGUUAGUGUCUCUGUCUUUCGUGUCUUGUUUCCUGAAGAUACCAGUGAAUACUUAAAAUUAUGUUUCUUAACAUUUUCUUAUCAUCAUAACAAUCGACUCACUAUAAACAAAAUAUGCAAUGUACAACUCCUAGUAUCUUGCUGCAUUAGCUGCAUGGACCAGCAGAGACUCAUUUAGGUUGGAGCAUCCAUCUUAAACAAUAUUGCAUUGGUGAAUUAAAUGCAAUCAGAAAUAGAGCAUCUGAACCAGCUGUGUGGGUAAGCCCUUAGACAUGUUGCCUUAUGGGAGUCUGAAUUUUUUAUAUUCUUUCCCAAAACAUCUUCACAACUUUCUUAAAAUGCUGUUAUAUGUGUUUAUUUUGCUUUCUUCAUAAUGAAAUUUGUUCGAUCUCCAUUCAGUAGAAAUUGGAACAAUACAUAGUUGAAGGUGUAGCUGCUUUACCCUGGCACAAUGCCAUCAGAGUCAACAAAGCUAAGUUUAUUAAUACCAGCAGGUAAUCUGGCAUGUUUCUGUAUAGACAGGUGGCUCCUCGUAGGAUAAAAGGAUGUAUGCUGACUUUAGCAGAAUCAUUGCUCUCAUUUCCCCCUACAUCUUGACCCUUUUGCUAAUGAAAGCAGCAAAAGCAUAACUGAAACGUCAUCUCAGGUUCCUAGUGAGCUCAUAUUUUCCAAGGAUAUUUGAGUCAUUGUCCUGUAUAAUGUCAGCAUGAUCCAGCUAAAGAAAAGCACUUUUAACCUCUGUUGAUUUCAACUGAGAAAGGCAAUCAUAAGGCUACGGUUCCUAAUAAAACUUACCAGGAAGGAAAUUCUUUUCAACUCAAGAGGAUUAAACUUCAGAGAAAGCAUAUGUAUGAGCAAGCUGAAAAGUGCUUUACUUCAGCUGAAUCAUUCCCAGCAGAUUUUAAGGUUGGAUAAAUAUGAAUUUUUUUUUUGUUAGGGUCAAGCUGUGUUUGCUGAUGUUCUGCAAAAAAGGAAAGGGGUUUGUGAUGUGUGGCUGCAGCCCACUUGAAUGAGUGCUCAAUUACGGUAGAAAGAAAGGGGUUCAGAUUUCAAUCAUUCCACGGUAAGAAUGGUGUGUCUUGGUCAAAUUGCUCUUUUUUUUUGGCAGUUCAUAUCUACAAAAUGCAAAUGGUCAAAUUGCCUCCACACCAGCAAUGAGCAUGUGAGUCUGGUUUUGAGGUUAAAGGUCACAAUUUAAUUAAGGACCUACAAGGGAAAAAACUAGAAAAAAGUGUGGGUCAGCUACCUUAGUGAAGAGUAACAUCCUUUUCCUUUAACAUCCAUGCUCAGCACCUUUAAUCUGUCUGGUAACUGAUCAGUGCCCUGAUAGCCUGUUCACUUAAAACUGCAAGCUAAGGAGCAGAACCAUCUCCCCUUGCUGUCUAGCAUUCAGAGGGAUGGUCUCAUCAGCAUCAUAUCCACUCCCCAUAAGGUUGGUAAGCUAUAAUGAUGGGAGUGGGUGUACAUCCCUUCACCAAAUUUGUGCCGCUCAGUGCUCACCACUGAAGCGAAGCCAAGUCCCCUCCAUGGCUGCAGCACAUGCUUGUUUUGCUGGAAAAGCCAAUUGAAUUGAUCAGCAAAUCUUCAUAUUUGCAGUAUGGAGUAGGUGAAAAAAGAUGGUUUCAGCAGUCACCCCAAAAUUUCCUACUUUGCUCCUAAUGGCAGCUGACUAAUCUCACAUGGCAAAAAGGGACGGAUGAUGCAGGACAGCUUAUACAGGCAGCCUGAUUUUGUCACACAGAUGUUGUUAGGGCUGCCAUACAUCCACAUUACUGGGAUUUCAAAGCCAAGUCAAUUUGGCGUUUUUGUAUAUUUAAAAAAUCUUCUUUAAAAGCUCAACAACUUUCAGUGUGUCCUGGCUUUUGUUUUUUGAAAUAUAGUGUGAGACUUUCACAGUGCCAUUUCCAAAGGGUGUUGGGGGCAAACAUGGGAGUAAAAAGUGCCUGGUAUCUUUUUAAAAACAAACAAGACACAUUUGGUGAGCUCAUUUCUUAGAAAAUUGAUAUAAAGCAGUUUCUGCUCAGAAAAGUACCUCAUUCAUUAGACUAUAAUUAAAGGUCAGAUGUUAGGGAAUGGACAUAAUGGUGCAGAAGGGGAUGAAGCUGUCAGGUUUGGAGUCUGGUUUGGGGCCAUGUGGGCAGCAGGUAAGUGCCAGCAUC